AUGCUUGAAGCACCACAAACAGCGCCGGAGUCGCUCCCAGUAAAGAAGAGACCGCAGGAGAUUGAAGAAAUCGAUGAGGAUAGGGGCAAGAAGCGGUCGAGGGGCCGUCCACGCCUCGACACCAAAGAUGAGACAGCUCAAGAUCGUCGUCGAACACAAAUUCGACUGGCCCAAAGAGCCUACCGUAACCGUAAGGAUACCGCCAUCACCUCUCUUGAGGACAAAGUCAAAGAUCUCGAGGACGCCAAUGAGAACAUGAGCAAAGAGUUCAUGAACUUCUUCGACUUUGUUCUUUCACAGGGGAUGCUUGAGGGUGCGCCCGAGGUGGCGCGGCGUCUGAACGAUACAACCCGCAAGUUUCUCUCACUCACACGCAAAUCUGCCGAGGACUCGAGUAGGGACGAUUCAAACGAGUCCCCAAUCCAGACGCAUGAUCAGGACCAAUCCGAUGCACGGCCCUCGAAGCGACGUACGACUGGUUCCGGAUCUGGAUCUGGAUCUGAUACCUCUAGGUCAGCGAGUGAUGAAUUUACCAUCCCUAACCCACCAGCCAACUCUGCUGCCCAUGGAAAGCCUCAAGCUACUCCGCAAAGGAUGGAUGGAUCAAUACGGCAGCAGGCCACCCCACCUCUUAACCUGCCUUAUGAGAUCAUUACGAUGCCGACAACAGACAAUGCGAGCUUUCCUGUUUAUGAUACCCAAACGCCAGUCAUGUUGGAUCAAAAUCCGUUUCUUCAAUCACCAUUCCCCAGGAUCCCUCCCCCCUCAUCUUACUCUUCACACGAGCGGAGCUUUGGUCGACGUCUCCAAAGAGCGACCCUGGAGGCUGGACUUCGAUUGGUUUCGAUGGCCAACCCGCCUCCUCACCGUUACGCCGAAGUCUUUGGAUUCUGUCUCUUGUUCGAGCCUCGGGAAUCUAUCAUCCGCCGCAUGUCUAGUACGCUUACGAAGGUAAGCCAAGAGUCGAUGUUUUUCUGGAAGUUUCCUUUUACAAACCUCGGUGGCGCGGGCACAUUCUUUCCCAACAAUGGAGAAGCCGGGGCCUUUACAACGAUAGCUGCGAAUGGACGAGCAAUGCCGCUUGGGAACCAAGGCCUGGCCGAGCCUAUGAAGCCCCCUGAAAUGACCGGGUUUUCGAUGGGACCCUUUGAUGAGGAUACGGAAGCUAUAAAGGGUGAUCGUAUUGAUGCUCGCAUGCGAAUGAUGUACAAGGGCUUUGAAGGAGACUUCUUUGAUGCAGAUGAGGUCGAGGUCUAUCUACGUCAACGGGGGAUUGUCAUUCCUGCCAACGUGGAUUUUAUCGAUGCUGAGAUUGAUAUUGGUUCAUUCAACAAUUCGUCACAGUUUCCUGGCUUUUCCGCAAGCAGCAAUGCCUUUUUCGGAUCGCAACAGGUGCCUGCAUCCAACCAAGGGCACUAUAUACCCCCUCAACAACAACACGCAAGCAAUGACCCUAAUAUGUGGCAAAGCACUAUACCUACCACCCUCGUAAAUACCACAUCGUCCAUGCCAUCAGCUACUCUUAUGGCACCGCCAUUAGGACCUGACCUGGGAGGCCUUGCACAACCCGUUAGCUCUACGAGUUAUGGGCAGUACAAUACGGAGAUAGGGCCCUUCGUGGAUACAUCGUAUUUUCCGCGAGAUUGGGAAACCGAUUCUAGUUGGAUGAAGACAAAAGUGACAAUAGACGUAAAUCGUCUGGUAGCAGAGAUGACAGAUAACUCAGUCUGCUUGGGCCGUACACCAGGCGUACGGCCAGGAGAUAUUGAUAAGGCUGUUAGGUCGGCAAUUAUACUGACUCAAUCAUAA